AUGCUUCAUACGACCCUCCUGAAGCUGGUGAUGUUGCUGGAUGGGGAGCUCUAUGAGGGCCUGUGCCACGCCCAUCACCCAGCGCCCAUCACCCAGCUCCCAUCACCCAGCGCCCAUCACCCAGCUCCCAUCACCCAGCGCCCAUCACCCAGCGCCCAUCACCCAGCUCCCAUCACCCAGCGCCCAUCACCCAGCUCCCAUCACCCAGCGCCCAUCACCCAGCUCCCAGCACCCAGCGCCCAUCACCCAGCGCCCAUCACCCAGCUCCCAUCACCCAGCUCCCAUCACCCAGCUCCCAUCACCCAGCUCCCAUCACCCAGCUCCCAUCACCCAGCUCCCAUCACCCAGCUCCCAGCUCCCAUCACCCAGCUCCCAUCACCCAGCGCCCAUCACCCAUCACCCAUCACCCAUCACCCAUCACCCAGCUCCCAUCACCCAGCUCCCAUCACCCAGCUCCCAUCACCCAGCUCCCAGCUCCCAUCACCCAGCUCCCAUCACCCAGCUCCCAUCACCCAGCGCCCAUCACCCAGCUCCCAUCACCCAGCGCCCAUCACCCAGCUCCCAUCACCCAGCUCCCAUCACCCAGCGCCCAUCACCCAGCUCCCAUCACCCAGCUCCCAUCACCCAGCGCCCAUCACCCAGCUCCCAUCACCCAGCUCCCAUCACCCAGCGCCCAUCACCCAGCUCCCAUCACCCAGCGCCCAUCACCCAGCUCCCAUCACCCAGCGCCCAUCACCCAGCUCCCAUCACCCAGCGCCCAUCACCCAGCUCCCAUCACCCAGCUCCCAUCACCCAGCGCCCAUCACCCAGCUCCCAUCACCCAGCUCCCAUCACCCAGCUCCCAUCACCCAGCUCCCAUCACCCAGCGCCCAUCACCCAGCGCCCAUCACCCAGCGCCCAUCACCCAGCGCCCAUCACCCAGCGCCCAUCACCCAGCGCCCAUCACCCAGCGCCCAUCACCCAGCUCCCAUCACCCAGCGCCCAUCACCCAGCUCCCAUCACCCAGCUCCCAUCACCCAGCUCCCAUCACCCAGCUCCCAGCUCCCAGCUCCCAUCACCCAGCUCCCAUCACCCAGCUCCCAUCACCCAGCUCCCAUCACCCAGCUCCCAUCACCCAGCUCCCAUCACCCAGCUCCCAUCACCCAGCGCCCAUCACCCAGCGCCCAUCACCCAGCUCCCAUCACCCAGCUCCCAUCACCCAGCUCCCAUCACCCAGCUCCCAUCACCCAGCUCCCAUCACCCAGCUCCCAUCACCCAGCUCCCAUCACCCAGCUCCCAGCUCCCAGCUCCCAGCUCCUACGAAGGGAGUUCUUCAUCGAAGGACUCCUAAUGAUGAUGUGA